AUGCGAAGGCGAACCAACACGUCGGCGAAAAGCGACCGAAUACGUCCGCGGCGGUCUCUGUCGUCUCCGUCGCGUCCGCGGCUGUCGUUUUCAGACUUUGAGGGGUUUGAACGGCCCGAAAACCCGCCGGUUCCACGCUCAUUAUGGGACUAUCUCCAGGUGCACCUCCAGGGCGAACAGCCGUACACCGAGGAGAAAAAUGAGCACCUGCUGUCGCUUAUCAAGGUGCCGCUGAAUCUGGAGAUGAUCAUGGCCUUUGGAUUUCUCACUUGCCUCGACUCCUUCCUCUACACGGUCACAAUCAUGCCUCUCAAGGUGGCCUCAGUACUAUGGGGCAUAGCCAAACGUCGGUCGACCCGCCACGUGACCAUGACCAACAUGAGCGACAUCAUCAAGGCUGUGGUUGUCAUUUCGACAAUGACCUUCCUGCUGCUCAUUGACACCUCCAAGCUCUACCACAACAUCAGAGGCCAGAACGCCAUGAAGCUCUACGUCAUGUUCAACGUGCUGGAAAUCACAGACAAACUGUGUGCGGCUUGGGGUCUGGAUGUGCUGGAGUCGCUCUUUUCCGCAGGCACCCUCAACAACUACCAGCGACUCGCGACAUACAUGGGUCUGUACAUGGCUUACUCGGCUGUGCAUUCAGGGGUGCUGCUGUACCAGAUUGUGACCCUCAACGUGGCCGUCAACUCGUACUCCAACGCGCUGCUGACCCUGCUGUUGUCCAACCAGUUCAACGAGGUCAAGUCGACCGUUUUUAAGCGGUUUGAACGCGAGUCUCUGUUCCAGCUCACCUGUGCAGAUAUCACCGAGCGGUUCCAGUUGUGGGUGCUACUGGUGUCCAUCGGACUCCGGAACGUGGUCGAGGUCUCCAAUACGGGUCUCGUUCCAUCGUCGUGGUCGGGCUGGAAUCGAUGGCUAGGGGCUCUGCUGGGUCCUGCUCUAGUGGUGCUGGGCUCCGAAGUCGCUGUCGACUGGCUCAAGCACUCGUACAUUGCGAAAUUCAACAAUUUCCGUCCCAGAGUGUACCGCAAGUUUCUGGACGUGCUCACUCAGGACUAUCACGAGCAUGCAUUCAAUGACCAGCUCAUUACUCGACGAAUGGGCCUUCCUACCACGGCUCUGGCGUGCGUCUUCAUGCGCAUGUGCUACCAGAGCUACCAGAUUCUUUUCGAGUCUGGAGAGUCGCGUUUUGUCAAGGGAACGCCUACAGUCAGUCCCCAACUGAGAGAGACAUUGGCACAGGUGGACACAAAGUUCGUCAACAACGUGUCCGUUUCUGAGAUUGCCCAGGCCACAAGGACGUUUUUCAGCUCGUUGUACAACGGCACAUCGCCUCUGGUGUCGUUUUCUUCCAACAUUAUCCCUGUGUGGGCGAAAUUCGACAUUUACUAUGUGACGUAUCUGCUGACGAUGAUUCUGGUGUUUGCGCUUGUGUUUGCCGUACUGGUCAUCUUCAAGUUGUUUCUGGGCCUCACCUUGUUGAGGUACAGUCACAGCAAGAGAAGACGACAGAAGCGAACGUUUGACGAGAUGGAAAAGAAGAGAUCUGAGUCAAUCAAGGACGAUUAUCUGCCUGGAAAGACGAGGGGGGGACAGGGCGUGAUUGAGCUGACGGACGAUAUGCAGCAGGGUCUGUACAGCGACGGGGAGGAAAAGAAGGAGAAGCAGCACAAGAAGAAGGUGGUGGAGCUGCAGAAUGUCAGCAGGUUUGAUAUGGUGAGCAAGAGGAUUUGGUAG